AUGAUAUCUAGUAAAUUAUCUCGUUUAUAUCUUAGAUGCAAGGAAGCUUAAUUGUUUUAAUUGUUGAGUAAAGAGAAAUUGGAAUAAAAGGAAAGUGAUUUCUACAAGAAACUUUUAAGAUUUAAAACUUAAUUUUCUAAAUUCGUAUUACCUGUUAAAUUAAAAUCAAAAUAAGAAGUUAUAACGAAAUAAGAUUUACAAAUGAGAGUUAUUAAUAAAUAAAUACAUGUUGAUUCUUUAAAUGCUAAACCUAAUCAAAUAUUAACAAAAUAAAAUGAUCUUGAUAAUUCAUUACUAUCUUUCGAAAAACCAGGAGCAAAAUUAGGACCUUUAUAGAAAUUAAAAAAGAUUAUUUUCUAACAUCCAGAGGUUUUCUCCCUUUAAAAGUUUAGAAAUAAAUUGAAAUCCUCAAAAAAAUGGUACAAUCGAUCCAAUAGCGCCAGAAUGACACAUGCAAGAAGAUCAGUAAUGAUCAUGAAGACAAAAGAAUAGCACAUUCAAGAGUUAAAUUCAUUAAGAGAAAGGUCAAUGUCUUAAUUAAAAAAGAAUAUCAGCGAAACACAACUCAACAUAUAGGGUGUAGAUAAAGAACUAAGAAGUAAGAGUGUUAGAUUUAGACAAUUUCGAUAAAAUACUGAAUAACCAUUUUAAAUUGAAAAUAGGUACUAGAAUUUAAGCAAAUCAAUAACUAAAUUAGAUUAAACAAAAAAAAAUAUUUGA